CCGUUAAAGUUUCCUGAAAAAUUGCGUGGCGAAUUUUAUUCGUUAUUCGAAGCAACGAAUUAGACAAUGCCUGAUUUUCGUGGAUUCUACAUACCAUCCCUGGGAGCAACAUUCAACGUUGCUUGGGAAACACUGAAAGCUAAAUGGCCAGAAAAUAGUCCUUGUAAUGAUUUUAUUCGUGGCAAUGGUGUAGGUCAACAGGCUCCAGGGCAAAGUGGACAUGCUCAAUUCAAAUCGUUUGACGAGGGCCAUGACAAUACGGAAAUGAUAACUAUGAACGGGGAUCAAGCAUAUCCGGAUCAGAAUAACGUAACCAUCGCCGAGGAUUCUUUCAGCUAUCAACGAAAUGGAGACAAAAUCAGAACAGGAAGUGCUAGUAGCAGCGAAUUUAGCGAAUACGAUGAAGGUGGUGGUGAAUUUGGUGGUUCGGGUGUCAAAAUUAAUGAAUGGCAAGCCGCAUGGAAUGUCACAAAUGCUAUACAGGGUAUGUUUAUCGUAUCGUUACCAUUCGCCGUAUAUCGAGGUGGUUACUGGGCCAUUGUUGCGAUGAUCGGUGUAGCUCAUAUCUGUUGUUACACUGGCAAGAUACUGGUUGAAUGUUUAUACGAAUUGGAUACGACAACUGGCCAACGUGUACGUGUGCGAGACUCAUACGUAGCAAUUGCUAAAGAAUGCUUUGGACCUACGUGGGGUGUCAGAGUGGUGAAUAUCGCUCAGAUCAUCGAGUUACUUAUGACGUGUAUUUUAUACGUAGUCGUCUGUGGUGACCUAAUGAUGGGAACAUUCCCUGAAGGCGCGAUCGAUACAAGGAGUUGGAUGAUGCUCAUCGGAAUAUUUUUACUGCCCCUUAGUUUUCUCAAAUCCCUGCAGCAUGUCUCGGUGCUCAGUUUUUGGUGCACUAUGUCCCACUUGUUCAUAAAUGCCAUCACUGUUGGUUACUGUCUUUUGGAGAUUGGUGACUGGGGUUGGUCGAAGAUGAAAUGGACUAUCGAUCUAAAAAACUUCCCGAUCUCCCUCGGUGUGAUUGUAUUUAGUUAUACCUCACAGAUAUUUUUACCCACAUUGGAAGGUAAUUUGAUCGAUCGGUCAAAGUUUGAUUGGAUGUUGAACUGGAGUCACAUCGCGGCUGCUGCGUUCAAAUCGCUCUUCGGUUGGAUCUGUUUCCUAACAUUCCAGAACGACACGCAGCAAAUAAUCACGAAUAAUCUCCAUUCGCCUGGUUUUAAGGGCCUGGUGAAUCUUUGCUUGGUUAUAAAAGCUGUACUCUCAUAUCCUUUGCCGUAUUAUGCAGCCUGUGAGCUCCUCGAGAGAUCAUUUUUUAGGGGCAAACCGAAAACGCUCUUCCCAACGAUAUGGACUGUAGAUCGCGAACUAAAAGUUUGGGGUCUGACGUGGCGGGUAGGUGUGAUCGUUUUCACAAUUCUUAUGGCGAUCUUCAUUCCCCAUUUCAGUAUCCUUAUGGGCUUUAUAGGCUCUUUCACAGGAACCAUGCUGUCAUUUAUAUGGCCCUGUUACUUUCAUUUGAAGUUAAAAAGAAACUCCAUGGAAUGGAGCGCUGUCGCGUACGAUUGUUUCGUGAUUUUCCUUGGAGUACUUUUUGGUGUGAUUGGUGUAUACGAUUCAGGCUUUGCCCUGAUCAAUGCCUUCAAAAUCGGCCUGCCGUUUUGA